AUGGGCCUAAUCACUCUCUCCAAGAAGCCGGUGAGAAAACGGGACAAAAUCUUGAUCGUCGGCAGCUGGUUGUUUGGCUUAACGUCCGCCUUGGAACUAAGAAAGCGAGGAUACGACCAUGUCACUGUUUUUGACCGGACUCUUCCUCCAGCUCCAGAUGGACCAAUCGUCGAUACUUCUCGGCUAAUUCGGGCCGACUGUGCGGACCCGUUUUACUCCAAGAUGGCGUUUGAGGCAAUGGAGCAGUGGGAGGCAGAUUGGGGAAAGUAG